UUCUGCUCUGUUCUCCCCUUUUUCUGUGUACCAAAGCAGCCACUUUAAGAUCUUAAGAUCUGCGCUUUUUUAUGACAAGUCGUCAAAGACACCUUUCAGCUUCAUAAAUUAAAACCGCUCAUUAACUAAUAAGAUAGGAUCCAUUGUAUUCUUCAUCAUUUCAUAGGGAUAUUAGUGUUACUACCACCAUGGCUAUUAGCAAACCACGUUUAGAUAUAUGCAGCAGUUCCCAAAAACAUAAUAAUAGACCUCGUUGGUUGCACUCUUCAAUUCUCUCCAUCUUCAUCCUCUUCACCAUUCUCACCCUCUUCUUUCUCCUCCACACACCCUUCUACUCCCCUCAAACUGCACCACCACCAUCAUCAUGGAGUGUAAUGCACCAGAUGCAAAGUUAUUCCAUCUUCAACACCACUUCCUCCACAACCACCAUCAAAUCUAUGGUCCACAAGCUUCGUACUUCAGUCACAUUUCUUCCACUCAAGGAUCUUCGUUACUCCAACGCAGCACUUGUAGGCCACACAUGGUUCAUGAGCUCCAUGUAUGAUACUCACCAAGAAGGUGAAGUCCAAUACCAAAAGUUCCCAUCAGAAUCAUCACAUGGUAGGGUUCUAUGCCUGAAAGGACGUGACACCCAUGAUGGUUCCUGGAACUACUAUGCUCUGGCAUGGCCUGAAGCUUUGCCUUACAACACCACGUUCAUGAAAGGUUUAACCUUUGUGUCAUAUAAUCAUUACAACUAUGAUAACUUGUGGCAUGGUUUAACUGCUAUGCUCCCAUUUGUGGCUUGGCACAAGAUGAAUAAUUGUUCAAGAUUUCCAUCAAGGUGGGUUUUGUAUCAUAGGGGUGAGUUAAGGUUCAACAUGGGCCUAUGGGUAGGGACCAUGAUGGAGGCUACAUUUGAUGGGACUCAAAAGAUUGAAAGAUUUGAUGGGCCUGGGCCUGGGCCUGUUUGUUUUGAGGAGGCUGUGGUUAUGAGGCACAAUGAGGGUGGCAUGUCAAGGGAGAGGAGAAUGCAGGUUUAUGAUUUGAUGAGGUGUAAGGCUAGGAUUUAUUGUAACAUGAGCAGCCUCAAUGAUAGAACAAGUGUUGAACUCAAUGAUAUUGGAAUGACAUUGUUUUUGAGGACAGGACCAAGAUCUUUUAAGAAUGAUUCAGUUGUGGCUGGUUUUAGGAUUGCUUAUUCCAAUAAUCUUACCUUUUGUGAGCAGGUGAAAUUGAUGAGUAUGACAGAUAUGUUGAUAUCCCCACAUGGAGCUCAACUAACGAACAUGUUCCUGAUGGAAAGAAACAGCAGUGUGAUGGAAUUCUUCCCAAAAGGGUGGCUGAAACUAGCAGGUGUAGGGCAAUACGUUUACCAGUGGAUAGCAAGCUGGUCAGGGAUGAAGCAUGAGGGAAGUUGGAGGGACACCAUUGGAGAUCACUGUCCUUACCCUGAGCAUGAUUCAAGAUGCAUGCCUUUUUUCAAGAAUGCUAGAAUUGGAUAUGAUCACAAUCAUUUUGCACACUGGUCUAGACGUGUUUUGGUUGAUAUCAGAACAAGAAAGAUUCAUCAAGCUUCAAUCAUCAACACCACCAUCUUACCACCACCAACUACUACUUCUAUUCGUUCUUCUUGUUAACUAAACAAAUACUAAAUACUUCAUCUAUCACUCUAUAUAUAUGAUACUUUUUUUAAGGGAUGAAGCAAACAAUUGUCUACAAUUGCAAUAGGAUCCUGGCAUAUACAAAGCUUUACAGAUCCCACAUUAUUAUGGCAGAGUUGAAAUUAGCUCCCAAUAAAGCAACUACCUGCUUUUGAAACUUG